AUGGAAACAGAACUCAGGCUAGGAAACAUUCGUGACAAGUUCGACGCAAGAGAUCGUCCCCUCUACACGACGGAUGAAGUCCAGGCCUUUACCGCCCUAGCAUCCGAAUCGGCGCCCGGAGCAGGUUCUCCCUUUGUGCUUCCGGAUCUCCCACCUGUCUAUAACCAGGGAGGCAUCGGCAGCUGUGUCGCUAAUGCAGUGGCUUCGGCUCUCCGUUAUGCCCACAAAAAAUCCACGGGCACAGCCUACAAGGACUUCGAGCCAUCGAGGAUGUUCCUCUAUUACAAUGCCCGUGUCAAUUCCGACCCCGUCAAUAUCAACAUAGCUGGCAAUCCCAAUGCUGAGACAAAAGCACGGCACGACGGCGGGUCGCACAAUCGCAGUGCGAUCCACAGUCUUCUUAUGCAAGGGGUCUGUCUUGAAGCCCUUUGGCCAUAUGGCAAUCCUUCUUCGGAUCAGACAACCCAUCUCUUCGAGCACCUGGACAAGAAGCCCAACCCCAUCGAGCCAGAAGACUGGAACAAGGCCACAUGGCAAGCCAAAGGCUCCAGCCAUCUCAACGACCCAAAGGCUCUGUCCGGUGAGAAGGACAUCAUACCAAGGGCGAUCGGUUAUUAUCGCAUUUUCGAUCCUGCACUGGCAGGAGCCGUUGGUGGCGCCGCGGCGUCGCCGCCACCGUCUUGGGAAUACAAUUGGAACAACGUGCCCACUGCCUGGCUGGAGAAGACCCUGCUGGACGGCUUUCCGUUCGUAUUCGGCGUUCGUAUCUACAAAGAUGCGGAUUUGCGGAUCUCAAAGUUCACCCCAGGUGGCGUCUUGGUCAAGCCACCAACCAACAAAUCCGAAGACAUGGGGGGCCACGCCAUGAUGGCUAUCGGCUUCGAUUCGGCCAAGAAGCUGUUCCUCGUCCAGAACUCUUGGGGGUCGACUUGGCCAGCCGAUAUUACGGACGCAAGCCUCAAGGGCCGUUUCUGGAUGCCCUAUGAAUGGUUUGAGAGAAGUGUCAACAACUUACCAUGCACGUAUGAUUACUGGGUUAUCAAGACCUCGUAG